AUUUAUUUAUUCCAAUAUUUUUGGUAUUUAUGAGGCUUGCUGAUUCAGUUUCCUUGAUUUCGAAGCCCUCGCUUUCCAUCCCCUGAUCCCUCGCAAUACUUAAUUCUUAAACCCAUCUGUAUGUAAACGAGUUUCACUUCGAAAUUCUCAGAGAAGCCCAAGGACUAGCACACUCCGAGAAAGUGCGAGAUCCAGAAUGUCUGAUGAUGUCGAGAAUCCUAAAGUUGGCAGUGUCGCUAACCAGAAAGGUUCUGAAGCCUCAUCUCCUGUCAAUGAAAUUCAGCCCACCUGGUAUAGUGGCUUACUUCAUCAAACCUCUAUCUAUGGUAUAGCUGCUGGAUAUUGCGUUUCAGCAUCUCUGCUCUCCAUCAUCAACAAGUGGGCUGUCAUGAAAUUCCCUUACCCUGGAGCUCUGACUGCUCUACAGUAUUUCACUAGUGCUGCAGGUGUCUUUGUCUGUGGAUGGUUCCGUCUUGUGGAGCAUGACCCGCUUGACCUUCUGAUCAUGUGGCGUUUCUUACCUGCAGCCAUAAUGUUCUACCUCUCACUCUUUACCAAUAGUGAGCUCUUACUUCAUGCCAACGUUGAUACCUUCAUUGUCUUCCGUUCUGUAGUCCCUAUAUUUGUUGCAAUAGGAGAAACGAUGUUUCUGCACCAGCCAUGGCCAGCAUUGAAGACUUGGCUCUCGCUGGCCACCAUAUUUGGUGGAAGUGUGCUUUAUGUUCUAACAGAUUACCAGUUUACAGUCACAGCUUAUAGUUGGGCUCUAGCUUAUUUGAUAAGCAUGACUGUAGAUUUCGUGUACAUUAAGCAUGUUGUGAUGACCAUAGGUUUAAAUACAUGGGGUCUUGUGUUGUACAACAAUCUUGAGGCCCUCCUUCUCUUUCCUCUGGAAUUGCUUAUAAUGGGUGAACUGAAGAAGAUAAAGCGUGAAAUCUCUGAUGAGUCAGACUGGUACUCUUUUGAGGUGGUUCUGCCUGUUGGGUUGUCUUGCUUGUUUGGUUUAUCGAUCUCAUUCUUUGGGUUUUCUUGCCGGAAAGCAAUUUCUGCAACAGGAUAUACUGUUCUUGGGGUGGUGAACAAGCUGUUGACUGUGGUAAUCAAUCUGGUUAUUUGGGAUAAGCAUUCUUCAUUCAUUGGGACAAUAGGGCUUCUCAUUUGUAUGCUAGGUGGGAUUAUGUAUCAGCAGUCCGCAAGUAAGCCCAAGUCCGUUCCAGAAGUAAAAGCAGAAGAAACUGAGGAAGAAGAACAGAAGCUACUAGAAAUGCAAAGCAAGAUGGAAAGCAACAACAAUGAGAAAGAAGUUACUGAAUCUCAUCAGGGAAAAUGAGGCUGUUCCAAAGAUAAUUUGAUAGUUCCAUGUUAAAAGAGAUCAGGGUGAGGUUUCUAGUUGGUAAUUUUGGGAUGAAAAUACCUGAUCUUAGGAACCUUCAGAUAGCCUGUGCUUGAACAAAAUUUUUGUAGCUGGAAAUUUAGGUGGAUUUGAUGAUAAUUGCUUUCCUUAUGUGUCUUCUUCUACACUUUUUUAUUUUCAUUAGACCUAGAAAAGCAGGUCAGGUGGAUUAUUACAAUUUAUUUAUUUAUUUAUUCUUGUUAGAAAGCUUCCAUUUUAUCCAAACGUCCCUGCAAUAAGGUCUUUAAAAUUGAUGUUCAUUCAGGCGAAAAAUACAUUAAAUGUGGCAAAGCCCAGUUAUUCUGAUUUUUAGUAUUUUUCUUAUUAUUUAACAUAAGUUUUGGUCUGUUAUGUUGACUGCUA